UUUCUUUCACCAUUCCCCACCUCGUGGUAUUGUGGCGGGAAUUGGGAUGCGCAAUGACCUAAAGGACAAGAAACAAGGACUCAUGGCAGCAGGUGCUCCUCUCAAAACCCAAAUCCAAAUCCAACCCAUCAAAGCCAAACGACGAAAGCGUCGUGAAAUCACCAUUUCUGCUUCCGCCGCCGCCCCCAACUCCCCGGAGCACUCCUCCUCCGCCGGGGAUCUCACCCUUCACGUCCACCUCCGUAAACGAGACCCACCCACUAUCGUUGCCCCUGACAACUCUUGGUGCUGCGCUUCUUCCAAAUAUAACCCUUCCCCCUCUGUUCCUUCACCAUCACCUCCACUUCCUCAUCAACAGCUGCAGCGCCCAUUUCCUGUGACCUUUACCGUUAGCUCGUCUUCCACUACCUCUCUGUCUACAUCACAAUCGCCGUCGGAGUCACCGGUAGCUGCUCCUAAGCUUAGCUUCUCUUCUAGUACUGGUUCUCCGGUUAUGGAUUCCUCCAUUGCCGCCAGCGUUUGUGUCAAUGGCGGUGGUUCUUUCGGCUCUUUCCCUUCCAGUUACAGUAAAUUCAACUCCGCCCUUAACGCCGGGCUCUUAAACCCCAUGUCGCCUCCUCCGCAGCCUCCCCUCGAUAAAACCCGAUCGAGUCCGACGCUCUUCGAGAUGAUGGCAAACGAGCCCGACUGUCAACCCAGAAACUCCACUCUAGCGGAUCACGCUCCAGUUCUUUCUGGGAAAUCCCAAAUCACUGUUCAGGAUACUCAAGCACUGUUGCAGCAGCGAGUGGCGGAGAUCUUAGGGAGUUGCAGCCCUGGGAACCAGUUUAACGAUCCCACGUCUAGCGAUGUUAAGCUUACUCUGAGCUCCAAGGAUGGAUUGGCCGUCUCCUUGAACGUGCAUCGCCAUAUACUUGUCGCCCAUAGUAGGUUCUUCGCUGCUAAGCUCUCGGAUCGAUGGUCCAAGCAGCAGCGAUCACUUCCGUACAUUAUCGAAAUCUCUGAUUGCGAAGAUAUCGAUAUCUACAUGGAGACUCUGGGGUUGAUGUAUUGUAAGGAUAUUCGGAAGAAGCUCAUGGAGGAAGAUGUCUCCAAAGUACUUGGUAUCUUGAAGGUUUCGUCUGCGAUAGGGUUCGAUGCUGGAGUUCUGUCUUGUUUGGAGUACCUAGAAGCAGCUCCAUGGGCGGAAGACGAAGAGGAGAAGGUGGCCUCGCUCUUGUCGCAGCUUCAUUUGGAGGGGGCUGGAGCAGGGGAAGUACUGCAGAGAGUGUCAGUGGAAGUGGCGACGGGGGCAGAGAGCGGGAACAACAGCAACAACGAGGAAGUGCUUUUAAGGCUCUUGCAGGUAGUUCUCGAAGGCAAAGACGAGAAGGCGAGGAAGGAGAUGAAAGUCUUGGUCUCCAAAAUGCUUCGGGAGAACUCAUCCCAGAAUGACCUUAGUAAAGAGUCCCUGUACUCUGCGUUCGACGGAUGUCUGCAACUUUUUCGCGAGCAUUUCCUCAGGGCAGCGUCAUCGGACCUGCAUGACGCUGGUCAGAUUGCACGCCAGGCCGAUAACCUGCACUGGAUUCUGGACAUCCUGAUCGAUCGCCAGAUCGCAGAAGACUUCUUGAAGAUUUGGGCGUCUCAGGGGGAUCUGUCAGAGGCGCACUCCAGGGUUCCUGCGGUUCACCGGUACGAGGUGAGCAAAGUAACUGCAAGGCUCUUCGUUGGGAUUGGGAAGGGACAGCUCUUGGCCUCCAAGGAGGUGAGAUGCUUACUCUUGCAGACAUGGCUAGAACCGUUUUACGACGAUUUUGGGUGGAUGAGGAGGGCAUCCAAAGGUCUCGACCGUCACCUGAUUGAGGAGGGCCUCAGCAACACCAUCCUCACCCUACCUUUGCCCUUACAGCAGGAGAUUCUGCUGUCCUGGUUCAAUCGAUUCCUAAACUCUGGUGACGAUUGUCCCAAUAUACAGAGAGGGUUUGAGGUUUGGUGGAGGAGGGCUUUCUGGAAACGGAAUGGCGGUCCUGAACAGCCUCCACAACUCCGAAUUGCCGUUGCCUCUUCCGACCACUCGUGAAAGGAAAAAGGGUAAAAAAAAAACCCCCAACAUCUCCUUCCAAGUUCCACCUUCCUCCUGAU